GUAUAUCAUACAUCUACAACUUUCACUAUUUUUCUUUUCCAUUUUUUUCCCCUUGCAAUCUGAUCAUCUCAUAUUUCAUUUGUUCCCUUUAGCCAAAUGAAAUGGUCUAGUUAUGUUGUAGGUCGUAAUAUUGCUGGUUCAUCAAAUUAUUGGCUUAAACAGUUAUGGCAAGUAACCAAGCAGCAUCUUCUUCAAAUUCUUCCAACUCCAGUUCAACCCAAAGAACUUGGAAGUAUGACAUCUUUUUGAGUUUUAGGGGUGAAGAUACUCGUAACGGCUUCACUGACCACUUGUAUCAUGCCUUAAAGAGGAGUGGAUUCACUGUUUUUAGAGAUAAUGAAGAACUUGAGAGAGGAGAAGUCAUUUCCAAAGAACUCAAACAAGCAAUUGAGGGUUCUCUGUUUGCAAUUGUUGUUCUCUCAAAAAAUUAUGCCUCUUCUUCAUGGUGUUUAAAUGAGCUCGGACAUAUUCUUUACUCAAGAAACAAUUUGUCUCGACAAGUUUUCCCCAUAUUUUAUGAUGUAAAUCCUUCUGAUGUACGACAUCAAAGAGAAAGUUUUGCCAAAGCUUUUGAUGGGCAUCAAAUGCUUCAGAGGGACAAUGAGGUCAUGGAAAGUUGGAGAGUUUCUCUCAGGAAGGUUUCCGACUUAUCUGGUUGGGAUUGUAAUAAGAAUCGGUCUGAAGCAGAACUUGUUGACACAGUGGUUGAGGAGUUGUGGACCAAAUUACAUCCUAGACUACCACCUUAUACUGAAGGACUCAUUGGAAUUGACAAUAAAGUGGAACAACUAGAGCCACUGUUGGAGAUAGGUUCGAAUGAUGUUCGGUUUGUAGGAAUAUGGGGCUUAGGGGGUGUUGGGAAGACAACAAUUGCUUGGGUUGUUUUUGAGAAAUAUUGUAGCCAAUUUGAUAUUAGUUGCUUUCUUCACAAUGUUAGGGUAGCUUCCAAAAGAGAUGGUGGCGAGGUUCAGUUACAAAGUCAAUUUCUUUCAAAACUCAAAAGAAGAAACAUGAAAAUUGAAAACAGCUAUGAAGGGAAGAAAAUAAUCCAAAACCGUUGUUGCAAUAAAAAGGUUUUACUUAUCCUUGAUGACGUUAGCCAUACAACCCAUUUAGAAAAUUUGGCUAAUAGCCCAAACUGGUUUGGUGCUGGGAGUAGAGUGAUCAUAACAACUAGGCAUUUAGACUUGUUACGUGGAGCGCGUGUAGCAUAUCAACACGAGGUUAAAACUAUGAACCCAAAUGAAGCCCUUCAACUCUUUUGUCAGAAAGCAUUUGGAAGAAGUGAGCCUCAGGAGGAUUUGUUGGAGCUGUCUAAAAUUGUUUGUGAUUAUGCAGGAGGCCUUCCUUUAGCUCUCUCUGUUUUGGGCUCUUUUUUCUGUGGAAAAAGCAUUGUGCAAUGGGAAGAUGCUUUGGAUAUGUUGAGGAAAGAUGCCUUGGGAAUGUUGAGGAAAGAUCCCCAUGAAGAUAUUUUUGGGAUACUUAAAAUAAGUUUUGAUGCAUUAACUGAUAUAGAACAAGCAAUAUUUUUAGAUAUUGCUUGCUUCUUCAAUGGUUGGAGCAAAAACAAAAUAACAAAAAUAUUAGAAAAUUGUGGUUUUAAUGGAAAAAUUGGAAUAACAACUCUCCAAGAAAAAUCUAUGCUGAAGGAAUAUGGCAGUACUUUAGUGAUGCAUGAUUUGGUGGAACAAAUGGGUAGGAAAAUUGUUGUGGAUAAGUCUUCUAAUUAUGUUGGAAACCGUAGUAGAUUGUGGACUAACGAAGACAUUGAUAAAGUUAUGGAAAACAAUUUAGGUACAAAUGAAAUACAAGGUAUGGUUUCGUCCACAUCUUGUGACACAUUUUGGGAUUUUGAACCAUUUUCAACAUUGCAUAAUGUUGUUUACCAAGGCACAAAAGAAAUAAAAGGUAUGGCCUCAUCCACAUCUUAUAAGGCAUUUUGGGAUCCUGAAGCAUUUUCAACAUUGCACAACCUCAGAUUACUGAUGAUAUCAAGUGAUUUUCAUCUCCCUAAUGGCCUCAAAUGUCUUUCUCAUGCUUUGAAAGUACUUUAUUGGACAAAAUAUCCUCUAAACACUCUUUCUUCUGGAACCCGAUUGCAUGAACUUGUUGAUCUUAGAAUGAAUCAUAGCAAAUUAAAGAAACUUAGCCUGUGCUCAAAGAAUUUGAAGAUUUUGGACUUGCGUUAUUCCAAAAACUUGAUUGAAACUCCUGAUUUUUUGGAAAUUCCAAACCUGGAAAGAUUGGAACUCGAAGGUUGUGAAGAACUUGUUGACCUUCAUGCUUCGAUCGGACAACUCAAAAAGCUUCAAGCGUUGAAUUUGAAAGGUUGCAAAAAUCUUAGAUUCCGUUGUCCAAAAAAAUUGGAAAUGACUGCUCUGAAAGAAUUUGUUCUUUCUGGAUGUCUUCAAGUAAAAUUUCUCCCAGAGUUUGGAGAAAGUAUGAAAAAUCUUGAAACACUUGAUGCUGGGGAGACAAAUUUAGUCAAACUACCUGAGUCACUUAGCUUAUUGAUUGGUCUUAAGACUUUGAAAUUAAGGGGCUGUAAAAAUCUUGUUUGCCUUCCUCAGAGCAUUCACAAUUUGAAGCGCCUUGUAGUUAUUGAUAUAUCUGGCUGCUCAAAGUUUUCUAGAUUGCCAGAAAAGUUGAAUGAAAUUGAAGGCUUGGAGGAGCUCGACGCAAGUGAAACCGAUAUAACAGAAAUACCUCCUUCCAUUGGUGGUUUAGAGAAACUCAAGAAAUUGUCAUUUCGUCGGUGCAAAAGGUCGAUGUUAUACCCUUGGAGCAUGAUUCUUCCUUGGGGGCAUUCAAUUCAUAAGGGCUUAACAUUGCCUUCUUCAAUGCUGAGUAUUAAAUCACUGAGAGAAUUGGAUUUAGGCUAUUGCAAGAUUGAUGAUGCAUCCAUGCCAGAUGACUGGAGGGGCUUAUCAUCAUUGGAGAGAUUAGAUCUGAGUGGAAAUAAUUUUAAGAGUCUACCUGCUGGCUGCAUAGCUAAUCUUUUGAAAUUGGAACGUCUGUAUUUAAAUUCUUGCUCUGAACUUCAGUCGUUGCCGCAGACUCCGCCAAGUUUAUGUAUCCUGGAGUUAGAAGAAUGUGCUUCGUUGGAAACAGUGGGAGGUGAACAAUUAUCACAUUUCUUUGCUUCAAUGGACCAAUGGAAGGUGAAAACAACGCCUUGGAUGGAUGAAACUCUCUCGGUGACUACUCCUGGACGUGAAAUACCAUCAUGGUUUGACCAUCAAAUUGAUCUUUGUCUGGAUGAAUAUGGUAGUGCUUUAUUGAUGGUAGACAUACCUUCUUGGGAAGAAAUGGUGGGAAUUGGAUUAUGCACUCCGUUAGAAGGUAAGUUUUAUUCCACUGAACCCGACACAAGAGAAUCGGCUUUGUCGUGGAGUCUUUAUGAUUUCGCAGUACAUCCCAAAACCACAAGACGAUAA